AUGCUAUCUUUUUCAAAUGCUGUCUUGUCCUUGGUGUUUUUAAAUGGGAUUGAUGCGCAUGCCCAAAAGCACGCUUGUGACAGCACCAUUCCAAAUCAGCCUCUCAUAUUCCGUGUGGGUAAUGGUUCUUCCAUUAGAAUCUGGCAUGACCCUUGGCUCCCUAGCCCCAGCCAAGGUUUUAUUACUUCAGAACCAAGUCCGGGAGUAGAAGAUGCCACUGUUGAUCAGCUUAUUUUGCCAGGGGAGAAUAGUUGGGACCACGAUCUUCUUGCUGAUCUUUUCAGUGAGGAAGACCGUGGGCAAAUCAUGAAAAUUCCCCUAACAGCUCAUGGGAGAGAGGAUCGUAUGUAUUGGAUUCAUGACAAGAAGGGGGUUUACUCGGUCAGAAGUGGAUAUAAGUCAUUGAUGGCAGACUCUUUCAUACACUCUUAUUCUACUACUGAGAAUUUUUGGAAAGAACUUUGGAGACUUAAAAUUCCGGCGAAGGUUCGAAAUUUAAUUUGGAGAGCAUCAUUAAAUGUUCUCCCAACAGUUGAUCAACUGAGGGUUCGAAAAGUCGAAGUUGACAGUCAUUGUCCAGUUUGCUCUAUACAUGAUGAAUCAGUUCUCCAUGCUUUUGUCUCUUGUGAAUUUGCUCAAAAGAUCUGGGAGGCAGUGGGAGUAGUAAAUUCACCCACCAUGGCUGCAAACUUCAAAGACUGGAUCACAGCUACCUUAAAAAACCACCAGCAAGAUCAAGAGAUUAUCGUGAUGCUUUGCUGGGCCAUUUGGUUGAACCGAAAUGAAACUGUUUGGAAUGCUAAGUCAUUUACAGUACUUAAGGUAGUGACUAUUGCAAACAAUUUCCUCCAGCUUUGGCGUGAUGCUAAUCGGCCACCUUCAAAACUUGCAAUCAGCUCUAGCAGUCCAGAGCUUGUAAAGUGGAAACCACCUACUAGGGGUUCCCUUAAGUUAAAUAUUGAUGCAUCCAUUUUUGAAGACCGAGGGAUGGCCAGGCUGGGCCUUGUGAUUCGAAAUGACUUGGGUUCCUUUGUUGCUGCCAGAGUUGUUACAGUACGUGGCAUUGUUGAUCCACUUCUAGCCGAAACUUUGGGGGUCCGCGAGGCUCUUUCUUGGAUUAAAAGUAAGUCUCUCGAGGUCCAAACCAUUGAGAUGGAUGCUCUCCUGGUUUAUAAUGCUCUUCAGAGCGAGGGGAUUGACAAUUCCUAUUUUGGUAUUCUUACUGAAGAAUGCCGCCUUCUUGCUAGAGAAUUUCCACACCUCAAGUUCAGAUGGGUUAGAAGAUCGGCUAACCAAGUAGCCCACACACUAGCCAAGACCGCUGAAUCAUUACAUGCUAUAGUCGAAUGGUUUUAUUUUCCGCCCUCCUUUCUCUCAAGUGUACUGAUUGCCGAUUUGAUGAAUGAAUAA